CAAUCAAUAUAGAUUUUUUUCAGGUACAGUGCUGCCUUCAGCCGGCGUUGGUCUGAAACUGACGAGCAUGGAUGUGCCGGCUGUUGCGGAUCCCCGCGGCGACGCCACCCUAGAAUGCCAGUUCGACAUGGGCGGAGAGGAGCUGUACGCUGUCAAGUGGUAUAAGGACGAUCAAGAGUUCUUCAGGCCACUGGUCGUCAUCAAGGACAACAAUCUUCCGCCGCCCUACUGGAUCAUGGCUAGAGUCAUUAAUGUUCAUCCAGGGGGGACAACAUCAUCAGAACAGUGUCCCUGAACACGUCAAAGGGUCAUCAAGAGGGCAGCCGCUACCAUCUGUCCGCUUCCAGCUGAGGGCUUUUGGAGGACUUGACUUCUCCAAGAAGGGGGGCAUGUUUCGGAAACUUCUGC